AUGUGUAUCAAAAUUGCGGUGCUCUCUGCGGUCCUCUUCUUGUUGAUCGGAUUAUCCGCGGCACAAGAAACGGCGAAGAAAAGUGACCGGAACGAUUUGAAAAAGUCGUUGCAAAAAAACUGCGACGGAGUUUAUUCGUUGACUUGCAUCAAACUGGGGUUGGUUUCAUGGGUAGAAAAAAUGAACGAGAACGACGAUUACAGUGUUUUGCCGGGGGUGUCGAUAGUACGGGAAAAUAAUUCAGCUCCUACUAACACGGCGGAUAUCGUUAGCGACUUGGCGCGAGAUUUUCCGGACGAUCCCGACGCCAGACUGGACGCUUUCGUCGAAAAGAAAAUCUCGGGAUUCCUGGACAACCAUUCGAUCAAACUCAACUUUGGAAGUGUCAAAGAGUCGGCCUUUACCGGUCGCAAAAAGGAUAAAGGAGGAAUGAACCAGUUGGGCGCGCUGUUAGGGUUGGCAGCGUUGAUGAAAGGCGCUCUUAUGUCAAUGGCUCUAGCCGCAUUGGCGGCUAUAGCCGGUAAAGCCCUAAUGACGAGUUUGAUAUCGCUUCUUUUGUCCGCACUACUCGGACUCAAAGGGUCUGGCGGCGGCGGAGGACAUACCACCUACGAAGUGGUCGCCAAGCCGGUGUAUACUCAUUCUCAGACUCAUUCGACCUCCCACGCUCAUGAAGAUUACGGCCCUUGGAGCGGCGGUUCUGGUCACGGAAGAAGCUUUGAUGUCCCUCUACCGCUCGGACUGAACCCGGAUUAUAAAGUUGCCCAUUAGAUUUGUGAUAUUUAACUUAUUUAUUUUUAUUAAUAAUAAAAUAAAUUAU